GCACGCGCCGGGGGAAGAGCGGGCGGGCCUGUUCCCGGGGGGCGUGUGGGAUUGGCGGCCGACCGCUGCCCCUGCCGCCACCAACAUGGAGAGUUUGUAUCGAGUCCCGUUCUUAGUGCUCGAAUGUCCCAACCUGAAGCUGAAGAAGCCGCCCUGGGUGCAUAUGCCGUCGGCCAUGACGGUGUACGCUCUGGUGGUGGUGUCUUACUUCCUCAUCACCGGAGGAAUCAUUUAUGAUGUUAUCGUUGAACCUCCAAGUGUCGGCUCCAUGACUGACGAACAUGGGCAUCAGAGACCAGUAGCUUUCUUGGCCUACAGAGUAAAUGGACAAUAUAUUAUGGAAGGACUCGCAUCCAGCUUCCUGUUUACAAUGGGAGGUUUAGGUUUCAUAAUCCUGGACCGAUCCAAUGCACCAAACAUUCCCAAGCUCAAUAGAUUUCUCCUUUUAUUCAUUGGAUUCGUCUGUGUCCUAUUGAGUUUUUUCAUGGCUAGAGUAUUCAUGAGAAUGAAACUGCCGGGCUAUCUGAUGGGUUAGAGUGCCUUCUGAGAAGAAAUCGGUGGAUACUGAAUUUGCUCCUGUUAAUGAAGUUUUAAAGGCUGUACCAGUCCUCUGAUAUGAAAUAUGGAAAAGGAUGAAAAGCAGCAGAAAAGAAACAUCUAGUGAAAACAUAGGAAAUGUAUUAUAGCUUGGACUAGAAUGUCUUCUUGGUAUCAGAGACAAGCUUAUCAGUAUUUUUUCCUGCUGGCCUAUACUGACAUACCAACGAUGUUAAGUGGCAUUUUCUUCUUUUUUUUAUUUCUUAAAGAAAAUAUACUUCAUUUCUACAACUAUAAUAUUGAAUAAAGUGAUUAUUUUUUACAAACCCCUUAACAUUUUUUGGAGAUGACACUUCUGACCUUCAGAAAUUAAUGUGAAAUCAGGAAGUGAGAUCCCAUAAGCUGAGAACUCUGGACAACUGAUCAGCUUUACCUGUGGUGCUUUGCCUUUAAACAGAGUGUGUGACAGUGCAUCAUUUCAGAUAUGUAUGUAAGACUGUUUCCUGAACAAUAAGAUGUAUGAAAGGAGCAGAAAUAAAUAAUUUUUCUAAUUAA